GCCACAGCUGGGCCCUGUCCCUUAUGGCUGCGGCAGGUCACGCUGUCUGCCUGGGACACAACAUUCUGUGACAGGGAGGAAGGCUGGGGCAGGCUGCGUGGGGCCUCUGAACCCCCAGCAUGGGGCACUUGGAAGGGGGCUGAAGGGGGCAGGGCCUCAGAAAUGAGAAGAAGAGGUGGAAGGUGGACCUGGGGGCCCCUCCUACCCCACCUGGCUGGAACCCAAGAGACCGCAGGUGGGUGGGUGGGACCUGAGGAGAGCCCGCAUCACCCAGCCCACACCAAGCCUGCCCUGGGCACCACCUCUCCUGCCAGUCCUGAGGAGGGAGGCAGAGGGGCACACCCCCUUGGGAGGGUCACCUGCUGGGUACGUGCAUGAAGAGGUGGGUCUCUGGGUCACCUGCCUAUGGCCACUUCCUUCUCUCUGUCCCUGUGGGCCCAGCAGCUGCCAGGAUGAGGCUGCUGUGUGGCCUGUGGCUGUGGCUCUCCUUGCUGAAAGUCCUGCAGGCCCAGACCCCAACCCCCCCGCCACUCCCGCCCCCGAUGCAGAGCUUCCAAGGAAACCAGUUCCAGGGGGAAUGGUUCGUCCUGGGCCUGGCGGGCAACAGCUUCAGGCCGGAGCACAGGGCGCUGCUGAACGCUUUCACCGCAACUUUCGAGCUAAGUGAUGAUGGCCGCUUUGAGGUGUGGAAUGCCAUGACUCGAGGCCAGCACUGUGACACAUGGUCUUAUGUGCUGAUACCGGCAGCCCAGCCCGGGCAGUUCACUGUGGACCACGGUGUGGAGCCCGGGGCGGACAGAGAGGAGACCCGGGUGGUGGACAGCAACUACACCCAGUUCGCCCUGAUGCUGUCCCGCAGACACACGAGCAGGCUGGCCGUCCUCAGGAUCAGCCUGCUGGGCAGUAGCUGAUUGCUGCCUCCUGGGACGCUGGACCAGUUCAUCUGCCUGGGCAGAGCUCAGGGCCUCUCGGAUGACAACAUUGUCUUCCCAGAUGUGACUGGUAACAUGGCUCACCUGCAGGCAUGCUGGGCAGUAGGCACGGGGACCGCAGGAAUGAGUUUGGUUGACCCUAGAGGAGCUGGACCCAGUGUCUACCCAGGGAGCUCAGCCCCAGCCUGCACUCAGGGGUCUCCAGGCUCCUGGGUCCCUGUGCUCAACCCAGGCUCUGAGCCACCUCCUGCCAUCCCGGGUCCCCUGUCCUGGGCCACCUCCUCCCACCCCGGGUCUCCUGUCCCAGGCCACCUCCUCCCACCCCAGGUCCCCUGUCCCGGGCCAUCUCCUCCCUCUGGGUCCCCUGUCCUGGGCCACCUCCUCCCGCCUCGGGUCCCCUGUCCCGGGCCACCUCCUCCUGCCCCUCCCGCCCCAGGUCCUCUGUCCCGGCCCACCUCCUCCCACCCCGGGUCUCCUGUCCUGGGCCACCUCCUCCCACCCCAGGUCCCCUGUCCCGGGCCAUCUCCUCCCUCUGGGUCCCCUGUCCUGGGCCACCUCCUCCCCUCACCCAUCCCUGCUCACAAGGAGCUUGGACUCAUCCCAGGAGGUGCCCUGGACCUCAGCAGCCUGCCCUGGGUGGCAGCCCCAGCCUGACCACUCAGACAGCCCCGGCCCCCAAGGCCUGACUCUUCUUGUGGGAGGGCGAGGUCAGCCUGAGCCCCUCCUGUUCCUGGAGGGAUGCCCACCGUGCCCUUCUGAUUCCUGCCUCUGGUCCUUUACAUGUGCAUAACCACAUGCACACACACUCACGCAUGAGCAAACGUGUACAGACUGGCACAUGCCUCCACAUGCGAACACCCACUUACACACGCGCCACUCACACUGGCACACAUGCUCUCUACCCGUGCACAGGCACACGUGCUGGUCUGCACACACCUGCACACACCUGCACACUCGCUAUGCCAGGCCUCCUGGGUCUGCAGUGAGUCUGGGGGCCCAUGGGGACAGGCACAGGUGAGGGGCUUCCUGAGGACCUGGGGCUGUUGGGAGCCGCUGUGGGCCACAUCUUCUGCCCCUUCUCAGCCUCCCUCACCCCAGCCCCUUCCCCUAGACCCACUGCUGGUCCCCUUUCUCCCUCCUGCUUCUCACCCAAAGCCACCUGCCCCUCCUUUGUGCCCUCCCUUGCUUCCUCCUGGGCUCUGUCCCCUGCUCCCCCUUUGUCCUCCAUCCCGACUCCAUCUCCCCCACCAGGCUGGUCACCCCAGGCCAGUGUCUGUUGAAGGAUGAAGCAGCUCCUGUCCGGCCCAGCCCUGCCUCACAGCUGCGCGAGCUCUGCCCUCCUCAGCUCUCAAACCUGAAUAAAUGCACCAAGCCCAGA